AUGUUUCGCCGGCAGCCCGCGAUUUCCAGGGCACCGGCAGCAGCAGCGGCUCUCCAACGCCUUUCCCACGAACUCUCGUCAUGGGGGACGGAAAGGAGAAGCGGGAGCGGCGGCCGCUUCGCUGCCAUUUUGCGCAUCCUUGCGAUUUUUUACGGCAGGGGAGACGGAGAAGCCGCGUCCUGCAUUGAACCGAACGGGGAAGCUCGGAGCGCGUCACGUGCCCCCUUUUCCGCGGAGUUCAAGUACCCGGAUGCCGGAACUACAUUACCCGUCAGGCCCCUGGCGCCUCUACGCCUGCCGUCCAGGCCGGAAGGACUUGGUGGCGCCGUGACCUCCGGAGCUUCCUUCUUUCCGAGCCAAGCCCCGGCUGAGGUAAGACACGAAACAGGCCUCGGGAGUGUAUCCGUGUCCAUCGGGGCCGCGGCGGCACCCCGCCGGCCAUCUAUGGCCGGCAUCAGCCUCCGCUUCCCCUGGCCGGUUUCGCGGGCGGGGAACAUUUCGCGCUUCUUUUCGUGCGGCUCCCAUGAACGAUUCGCUUGCCGCUGCCGGGCGAGCCUGGAUUUUCCUUUGGCCGCCGAGGCCACGAGCAGCGGAGGAUGGGCUCCGACGGGAGACCGAGCUCGAGGGGAACAGGCGGAGGGGAUAUUUUGUGCUCGUGAUUUUGUGCUUUAA